GAGGAUUGUUAAAAUGUAUUUUUGAUAUGUAACCGGUGUCUGGGAAAUAAAUCGAUUGGGCGAAUUUGGCUUUUCAUUUACACCAUCCCCACAUAAUUUGGGGGCUCGUCCGGGAUACGGGAUGGUGGAAUAAAGAAAAAACAGACGAAGACUAUGAUGCCGGUGAUUUAACCUGAUUAAGAAUUUACGAAUUACGAACGAAGACUAAGAUUUAAAGAAGCUUAUGAUUAUACGAUUACGACUUGAAGACUAUAAAACUUUUUAUUUACAUUAUUCAACAUGCCGCCGAAACGAGUAAAAGAUGAUGAUGAUUGUGGUGAACCAUCGCCGCGUAUUUCCUUCAAUGACUUAGAGAAAUCAAUGACGCCAUUUUCGGGUGAUGAUGCCUAUGGCAUCGAAACAUUCGUAAAAGAUUUUGAAGAUAUUUCCUCUUUAAUGCAAUGGGGCGAAAUAGAAAAACUCAUAUUUUCGAAGCGGCUUCUCGCGGGAACCGCCAAGCUAUUUUUACGUUCACUAAGUGGGACCACCACGUGGGAUACACUUAAGUCUGAGCUCCGUGAGGAAUUUGGUAAGAAGUUGAACAGUGCAACUGUUCACAAGAGACUUUCAACUCGCCGGAUGAAGAUGAAUGAGACUCAUCAGCAAUAUUUUUUACAUAUGAAGGAACUUGCAGUACUUGGGAAUGUUGAAGAUGAAGCCCUGAUGGAAUAUGUCAUCGACGGUAUUAAAGACAGUGAGUCCAACAAAAAUAUUUUAUAUGGCGCUUGUAACAUUAAAGAAUUCAGAAAGAAAUUAGACAUUUAUUCAGAAAUUAAGAAAAAAUCAUAUUCACCUAAUAAGAUUCAAAGUAAUUCAGUAUCAAAGUCCAUUGGCAUGAAAAUUCAAAAAACACUACGAGUAAAGAGAUGUUUCAAUUGUGGAGAUUUAGAUCAUGAGUCGCCUAAUUGUACUAAAGGCAUUAAAUGUUUUAAAUGCAACUUGUUUGGCCAUAAAUCAACUGAAUGUUCUAAAAGUAUAAAAAAGAGUUUGGAAAUUAUGUCAACUAAAAAUAAUAUUGAUGUGAGACCUUUCAAGAAGCUGAAAAUAAAUAAUAUUGAUGUAGAAGCCCUGAUUGAUACCGGAAGCGAUGCUAAUUUAAUAAUUAUGUCUUAUUUUAGGAAGAUUCAAGGUGAAAAAUUGUUAUCUUAUAGUUCAGGAACAACAGAAACUUUAACUGGAAUAGCUGAAAAGGAAAUUUAUACAAAAGGAUCUUUCACAGCAAAAAUUGAAAUUGAUGAUUGUUAUUUUGAAACUUUAUUUUAUGUUGUUGAUGAUGGCGCUAUCCCUGUCAACAUUAUAUUAGGAAAUCCUGUACUGAAAGAAGUAGAAAUCAAUUUUAAAUCUGGAACUAUCACUGCAACAAGAAUAUUACACCUUACAAUGCUAGAGAAUGAAAAUGAAGAUAUCACAAAUAUUGAAAACAAAGAAUAUAAGAAUAAAAUACAGAAUAUUAUAAAAGAAUAUAACCCCAAAAGAUGUACUAAAGCAUCAAAUGUAAAACUUAAAAUAUUAUUAACCGAUGAUGUACCAGUUUAUCAGAAUCCACGACGAUUGUCACCUUUGGAGCUUAACAUUGUUGACAAACAGAUUAAAGAAUGGCUUGAUGAAGGAAUAAUAAAAACAAAAGGUGAAAUUAAACCUUCAGUGGAGAAAAUUGCCGCUGUAGAACAUUUUCAGACUCCUCACAAUAUAAAGUCACUUCAAAGUUUCCUCGGACUAACAGACUGCUCCGCCUUGACUAUGACAUUGCAGAAAAAAGACUUACCUCCGAGAGUAGCUCGCUGGGCGCUCUUACUUGAAGAAUAUGACUACACGAUUGAACAUCGGCCUGCAGCAAGGAUGAAACAUGCAGAUGCUCUCAGCCGACAGCCUAUAAAGAAUAUAAUUGUACUUACCGAUACCGCAGCACGCCUGCGAAGAGCUCAAGAUGAUGAUCUGCAAAUAAAACUAAUAAAGAAAGUAUUAGAAAAGGAAUCUUAUGAUGACUAUGUUUUAGAGAAUGGAAUGUUAUGGAAGAUUAAGGAUGGAAAUAAAUUAAUGGUUGUACCUAAGAAAAUGCAAAAUGAAAUUAUAAGAAAACAUCAUGAAAACGGACAUUUUGGUUGUGUUAAGACUGAGGAAUUAAUAAAUAGAAAUUAUUAUAUGGAGAAUUUAAAAGAAAAGAUUAAAACAAACAUUGAUAAUUGCGUGGAAUGUAUACUUAAUUCAAAUAAAAGAGGAAAGAAGGAAGGAUUUCUACAUGUAAUAGAUAAAGGUGAUUUACCAUUGUCUACUUACCAUAUUGAUCAUCUACGACUGUUGACUCAUCUGGGACAGAUGAUUCUGCAGGAUGACCGUGUGGGAAUAGGAUAAAAUAUUAAGAUGUAUUUCAUGA